AAUUUGUUACUUAGCUGGCAUAAUGUAACAACUUCAAUUCAUUCUAAUAGAGAAAUGUGAAGUCAACUGCUUACAGUCGUAGGGAUGCACAUGGGACAUCUUUGCAAAGAAGAAGAAGUCAAUCAAUCAAAUUAUACUCAAAUUCCUUUAUUAUUGACAUUGCAUUAUCUUAAUUACUAGCUGAUCUGCACAAAUAACAUUGGAAAAAUCGACAUACUUCAUAAUCCAUGGAAUCUGCAGUAAAUCAGAUGAAGUUAGUAGUAGUAUUGUUGUUGAUGCAAUUUAUGGGUUCAUCAUCACAAGGAAUGUGUUGGCAGAGGCUAUCAAAUUGUAACACAGAGUCGUCUUCUUCCUCUGAUCCAAUGAUGUGCUGUAAAGUUCUAAGGAAUGAUAUUCAGAAUGAUAGAGACUGUUUCUGCAACGUCAAGUCUACUAUUAAUGGAAAUUCUAGUAUUGCGGAUAUGAUGUCUAGGCUUCUCUUGUCUUGUGGAGUUCCAUCUUCUUAUAACACACUCUGCCCUGAUAUGGGAGAGCCUUCGCCAAGUUCAGACUUACUGUCACCGGAAACCACCACCACCACUUCAGACAUGGGAGAGCCUUCGCCGAGUUCAGACCUACUAACACCGGAAAGCACCACCACUUCGGAUGUGCCUGCUACACCUGAGAGUGAUCGGACCACUGCACUGGAUUCAACAACAUCCUCAAUUCAGAGAAAACUCCAUAUAAUAAUUCCUGCUGUCGUUGUUGCAUUUGUGGCCGUGGCUAUAAUCGUGACACUCGUCGUAUGUUUAUGCUUUUGUAAGAAGAAACCCAAACCAGAAAAACCUCAACAAGUACAAGGAAAUGUGGUGGUGCAAUAUGAGGUUGCUCUUCCAACCCUGACUCCAUCUGUCAUAGUCCCAAUAUCAAAUGUCACAAAUGAUUCUACAUAUGAGGAAGUGGUUUCCGGUGAAUUGCCUCAAACUCCGGCAUCAAAUAAUGAUCUCGUUGUGACUGCUGAAUCACUGCAAUAUGAUCUGAAAACUCUGCAGACGGCCACCAACAACUUCUCUGAUCAUGAGAAAAUUGGCCGGGGUGGAUUUGGUAUCGUUUACAAGGGAAUCCUAGCAGAUGGUAGAGAAAUAGCAGUUAAAAGGCUUUCGAACAGCUCUAGUCAAGGUGAUAAAGAAUUCAAGAAUGAGGUGGUGUUGUUAGCAAAACUUCAACAUAGAAAUCUGGUAAAGCUUGUAGGAUUCUGUGUAGCAGACUCUGAGAAGCUACUCGUGUACGAAUUCGUGCCCAACAAGAGCCUCGACUACUUCCUAUUUGAUGCUCAAAAACAAGCGGAAAUGAAUUGGUCAAUACGUUACAAUAUUAUAAAAGGGAUUGCUCGAGGAAUGCUUUACCUUCAUGAAGACUCCCCUGUAAGAAUCAUACACCGUGAUCUUAAAGCUGGUAAUGUGUUGUUAGAUGCGGAGAUGAACCCUAAAAUUGCAGAUUUUGGGAUGGCUAGGAUUUGUGCUUUUGAACAGACACAUAUUGAUACAAGUCGAGUUGUUGGUACUUAUGGUUAUAUGUCACCUGAGUAUUUACUUCACGGACAAUUCUCCACAAAAUCAGAUGUAUACAGCUUUGGUGUGCUAGUAUUAGAGAUUGUUAGUGGGCGAAAGGUUUGCGGUUUCAUCUAUCAAACGGAAGGAGGAGAAAACCUUUUGUGCUAUGCCUGGAAAUGCUGGUUAGAAGGAAAAACAUCGGAACUCAUAGAUCCAACAUUGAGAGAUUCAUGCUCAAAUGAGGAAGUCAUGAAAUGUGUAAAUUUGGGUCUAAUGUGUGUACAAGAGGACGUUACAAGGAGGCCUGCCAUGGAGACAAUAGCUCACAUACUCAACUCUAGCUUUUCUUCUUCUUCUUCUUCUUCUUCUUCUUCUUCAAAGGCUCCUUCAAUGCCUCAACCCCCUGCAUUCUUGUAUAGCAGCAGUUCGACAACAACAAGAAGCACCAAUAUUUCAUUGCCAUCAUCAACAACAUGGAAAAGUGACGACUCACAUUCAAUUCCAUGGUCUCGAACCUAGCUAAUGAGGUGGAUCAUGGGUUGUUGUAGCAUAAUUAAUAAUUAUAUUGCAUAUUUGACUUCAGUAAUAUAAUAAUAAUGAAACAAUUUAUAUUUCCUUGCAUUUAGUCAAUGUACAAUUUUGCCUCUUCGUUGAGUAUAUACAAAGGUAUCCUCUCAUAAAGUAUGAUGUGUUAAAAUCUUGCAAGUACUAUUAACUAAGUAUCUACUGCAACAAUUCAUCACCUUGUUUAAAAAUUAGUGUGUAACUCAGACAAUGCCACAAUUUUAAUUUCUAAUACAGAUUAAAGCGUUUAUACAUGUCGGGUUUAAGAAUUACUAUAAAAAAAUUAUCAUUAUUUUAUUUUUCUAUUAGACCACUAUGAUAUCUUAAAUUGUUGUUCAGGUGAGGAAAUGCAAGGCACGCUAAAUUAAUGACC